CUGACACCGCCAGCUGUACAGGGCCACUGCAGCAGCCGCAUUCAAACUGGAAGAACCAUCCAAUCUCUACAUACCACCCGCUCUCUUUCUGCAUCUGCUGUUCGAGGUACUACUAGUAGUAUGCACUUGAUAUGUACCCCACGCUUGUCUCCUCUUAAGCUCCCGCCCCCCCUGCUGUGUAACCUGAAAAUAUGCAUCGGGUCACCGGCUCCUCAGGCACAGACGAAUCAGCCGCGAGGCGUCAAGGGAAAAGGAGACUUGAACCUGGGCAACAAGCUCUGGACUGAACAAUUACCAGUUUCUAUCAAGAGUUGAAGUUGCUCGCUCAAAAGAAAUCUUUGGUCCAUGGAGACCGCGCUGAUUAGAAUGUUGCUACUCUACUGCUCCAGAUCCACCAUCCCUUCAAGCGGGAGAAUCAAGCAUCUAACAAACAACCCUGAAUGCUUCACCGCCUGUGUUGUGGCAGCCUCACCUUCAGUAAGCCGACGCCGACCUGAGACGAAUGAACACGAGUCUGUCUCACUUUUAUCCAUGCCUGCAUGACACCGCAAGAACAAAGACACCGCUCGGUCGGCUGAUGUCAUCGAUUUUAUGCCUCUUGGUGGCCGUGGCCGUUGAGGUCAUCCACUGACUGGCUCUGUUCUCGUUGCAUCCGGGCCUCGAUCUCCCGGAGUUGGCUCUCCCGCGCCAGCAGUUCUUGUCGCUUCUCAUUGAUCUCUCUCUGCACCUUGACUUCGAUUUCGCGUAGUUUCUCCUCUUCACGUCGCAGUUGUUCUUCCUUCAGGCGCACCGACUGGCUGGCCAGGUCUUCGGGGUUGAUCGACGAGUCUUGACCCCUGUUGCACAAUUGUUAGUCUCUGUCACAGUAUAUCAAGGUUGCAGGAAUCAUACGAGAGGCCUCCAUCCACACUCUUGCUGAGUUUCUCCGUACGGUAGUUCUCAUACAGGAAGUCGUGGGUGAUUUCCUUGAGGUCGGCAAGGUGGGAAUGCAAAAGAGCGCUGCGAAUGGCCAGGAAGUCCGAGUGACGAGGGUUAUCCACUUCAACCACACCCCAAGGGUAUUGUCGUGCUCGAACACGUCGACCCCCAAUCUCAAGCACAUCUUCUGAUCCAACAAUGGCAAAAGGCAUCAGUCCACGAAGCUCCGCAUUCUCCUCGACAGUGUCUUCGUCAUCCUCCUCGAUGUCGUAGGGAAAGUUGUAGACAGGGAUUCUGUAAUGCUCAAUAUCCUCCAUGACCAAUUUCUUCGACUCGGCCAAUUCGGCAGGGGUCAGGGAAUCGGCCUUGCCAAUAACGGGGAUGACAUUAACACGUGGAGACAAACGCUUCAUCAGUUCGAUGUCGAGUUCGCGAAGUCCAUGGCCGGUGGGUGUGAUGAAAUAAAGCAGGGCAUGCACACGGUUGUCGCGGAAUCGAGGGUUACGCUUGAUACGAGACUCUUCGGCGAGAAUGUCGUCGUACUGUCUCUCGAGGUAGCCAACGAUUUCGCCAAAAGAGGCUUCAUUGUCGAUCUGAUCUCCGAAGCCAGGCGUGUCCACGAUGGUCAAUGAGACACGAGUACCUUCUUCGUCCAACUCCAGCUCUGCCAAACGCUGUCAGACCACAAUUACACUAGGACAGUAUGUAUUAUCAUCCACCUACCAACUGUCACCGGCUUGAUCCGAACACCUUCUUCCAGGUGGGCAUUGGCUGCAUCGUCGGCAUCCUUGGGUUGAAGGACUCGCUUGCCGCAGAGGGUGUUGACGAAUGUAGUCCGGCCUUGAAGUGGUCAGUACAUUUCCGAUCAAGCGUAGAGAGGAUGAUCCAUCGUACCGGUUCCGCUGGCACCGCACACCAUGAGACAGAACUGGAUGCCCUUCUUCACAUUCUUCUUUCUCCGGAUCUGCACAUCGGACAAUCGCAUGUUAUUAGUAGAGAACAUGACGGCAAGGAAUAGUAUAAUUGUGGAGGAGGGCGGCAGAGGUGGUGCGAAUCCUGACGGUGCUGCUGUUUGCGGGUGCGGAUAGGAGCGAGACAGUGCAUACCGGAUUCAUUGGUGAAGACAUCUCGACAAGUGGCAGGAUUAGGAUAACAGUGCUGAGGAAGAGGGCGCCGUGGCUGACAACUGCGGCUUGAAAUGGAAUAACAGACAGGGGAAACCAGCGCGUUGGUUGACACGUUGAAGCUGGCAAGACAGACGGAAGAUGAUGGUGGUUGUCGACAGACUGACAGACUGCGCUGGGCCAAAAAAUUAGGGGUAAAUGGCUUUGUUAGCAGUUCAACGUGUCGUUGCGGAUCAGAAGUCGAACUACUUACAAUUUGGACUAGCGCGAGGUGCGGCUACUCUGGGGUCGCGCUUGCCCCUUUCUGACCACUCCGCCAGCCUUGCAAAUGCUCGACAGUACAACAGUAACAGUAAUCACGCAGGCAGUAUAAACGACGUCAACUGCGCCAAAUCACCAAUAACGGCUUGACUGGCACAUACAGUCUGUGUACAGACAACUACAAACAGGCCUGUGACAAGGUUCAUGCCGCACCUAGAAGCCCCUAGGUAUCUCUUGUCCUGAUCUCCGUUCGCAAGAACUACUGCACAACUUGAACGCUAUAGUGCUGCUUCAAGGCCCUAAAGGCAGGUACCUACCCGCAAGGUAGGUGCAAUCGUCUCAUAUUGACCGUCGCAACAAUCUGCAGCCCUCGCCUUUGAGGCAACUCAAUCUCCUCUGCUUCCGCCGUCAUGUCUUUUCGGCGACCGGGGAAUUCGAGGCGACAACAGUCCGUCGAAUUUCCGAGAUACCCUCCCAUGUCCUCCACCACGCAAACACAGACGCAGACACAGCAGCAACAGCAGCAACAGCCUCAACCCACUCCUCCGCCUACAUCUGCUCCCGCCGAUUCAACAUCGUUAUCAUCGACGCAACCGGCUGUGCAAGGCUCAGACUACGAAUCAGACAAUCAAGGAUAUCAAUCCGACUAUCCGACUCACCCUCCUCCUCCCAACCGCACCAAUGAAGAGCUGAAUCUAUCCGUACUCAAGCGCAUCAAUCCUGCCAUCACUUCCAUAUUAUCAAUCGCACCAUACGCCGUCGUCUACGAAUUCUCUCCGAUGCCACAGCCGGAAUGGACCAAAACAGGAAUAGAAGGCUCGUUGUUCAUCUGCGAGCUUUCGCCCGGAUCAUACGGGGAAGACCGAUAUUGCGCCAUUGUCCUCAACAGGAGAGGCUUGGACAAUUUUCAAGCAGAGUUGAGAGAAGGAGAGAAUGCCGGGGUGGAAAUCACAGGGGAAUAUGUGAUCAUCAGUUUCAAGGAGGGCGAUGAGCAGAAGAUCUACGGGGUAUAUAUUUUCCAUGAUGUACCCGGAUCAUCUACAGAACACGCGCAAAAGUUGAACGGCGACUUGAUGAAGUCGUUGGCAGACCAUGCCGGAGCAAGUCGCCAAGCCGCCGAGGCCGCCGCAUCCACGGCGGUUGCGCAACACACCAACGGAGGAAUACAACAGGCGGAACAAACAUUACAAAACCAUCAAGCUAGUGCCCCUAUGCCUGGGCAGCCAAUUAGUCUCCAACAGCUGUUUGGGCAGCAACGAGCGGCUGAUGCUGGAUGGAGUGUGAGGACACAUAACUUCGACGGCGCGAGUCAACAGCAACAUCAUACCAUGGCAGGCAUGGUUCCUCAGGAAGCUUCCUCUCAGAAGCCUGAUGUUCUGGGCGAGCUUUUCAGGAGGGCUGGUCUGGCUCAAAGGUAGACAACCCGUCCAUAGCAUGGCAACAGGAAUACCACUGUCAUUGCUGGAAUAUCAUUCGCAGAAUUACUUUCAGUCACUGGAUUCUAGAUAUGAUGGAAAUGGGACUAGGGGUCCGGUCAUACACAGUUAUUAGUACUGUCUAGUAGUACCUCCCUAAUCCAACCCGAAACUCGCCGAGCCACGAACUCGCUCUGAUCCAAACACCAGGCAUGGACAAGUCCAUCUGUCUCACAUAUCUUUGUCAUUGGCGCUUGAUUUGGUUCGUCGUGCUGUUUAAAUUGCACCUCCUCUUCCCUAGCAGUGGCUGUGGCAUUGCCGUAGUCGUGGUCGUGGUCGUAGUCGUUAAUGCCGGGUAUAUUGAAACGGAAACAAUCUUUCUCAACCACUCCGCCGCCAAGUUUGAUCUUUUGAAUCUCCUGUUUCGUCAGGUCUGCGACCCAGUGAUCUGAUUUGGCGAACCAGAAGUAGAGCCUCGGACUCGCACUACUUUUGGUCAAGGACUGGUUGGAUGUGGACGUGGACGUGGAUGUAGAUGUGGAGGGAGAUGCUGUUGCUGCUGUCGCGGCUGCUGCACCCCAAACCUCUUCUCCCCAUUUAUCCCCUCUAAUUUCCCUCAUCUCAUCGCCCGCCAUAUACAGCGCCUGUUUGACUCCCAUGGGACAUUUUGUCAAAAAAGCCACCGUCGUUUCUAGGCCGUGAGAGUUUUGUUUUUGGUUGGUGACUUUUUGGAUUAGCCAUGACAGCGCUUUGCGAGGGAGGAGUGAUGUUUGGAGAUGGACGAGAAUCUGGGCUAGAUUGGGUAUUGAGAGAUAGGAUGUGGUGAGUAAAGGUGUGGUGAGGCGGCCGGAAGGGGAUUCGUGGAUGUUGAUGAUUGUGGGGGUGAGGAGGAUGCAGGCGAUGGGUGUCCAAGGUAGCACUUUGCUGAUGGUGCUGGUGUUGUCGUUAAGGGUUGAAGCGGUGGUCGUGGGUACGGUGGUUGCAUGUUCGUGGCCCUGGUCGCGGUCGUGGUCGUGGUCGUGGGUUUGCGUCUGGAUGGUAGUAUGUGAGUGUCGAAGUCGUUCAUUCCAUAACCUCACAAUCUCCAAUGCGAUAUAUGCACCCACA